UUUGACUGCUGUUCAUGGGAUGGCCACUUGUUUGUUGGUUAGAUAGCUAGCAAUGGUUAAUACCAGCUACCUAACGUGAUUUUUGUGUUCAUUCGUUGCUUGACAACGGCAGUUAAAGAGACAGUUGGUAUUUUCUGGCUAGCUAUGCUAGUUUAUCUAGCAGGAAAGCUAGCUAGCUACGUUUUAUAAUUGAGUAAAUACGAUAAUCAGAGCCAAAGCAAAUGAUGUAACAACAGCAGAAAGCGUUUAUUUAGCGACAGUAAGGUUCAGGUGUCACUGAACUAUGACCCACGUUUCUGUGUAUGCAACAUUACGUUUGACUCAUUGAGGCUGUAUUGAGCUUGAAACAUACCUGACUACAGACAGGAGAGCGUUAGCUAACGUUAAAGUCGUUAGCUAACGUGACUGUGCUAAGUUAUCUACUACAUUAUAAUAAUUAUUUUAACAAUUUCAUCGAACAUUAAUUGAAGUAUCUACAGUACAAGUUUUUACUUGCUACAUACGGUUGCGGGCAAGUUGUUAACGUUUAUCAUCAGAAUUAUAGCUGCGAUUCUUAUUUUUUUUUUUUUAUGUUCACUGUUGCUAACUGUCUUUCGUAGUGAUUCUUUACUAUGAAUAGAGAUGGAUGAUGAACUUGAUCAUUUCAUCCAGCAACAUAAGGCCAGAGUGGCAGAGGAUAAAACCAGUUUGGAGAAGGAUCCACCACCUUACCUGGAAAUAAGGAAAAAUGACCACAAGGCUUAUGAUUCCGUACUCAAGGAAAAUAUCCCUCCAAUCAACUCAUCCACAGCUCAAGAGAAAGAGGAGGGCUGUUGCCUAAAUUUACCUUUGGGGAAAGACUAUGAGAGGAAAAAACAAAAGUUACAGCAGGAGCUCCGUCUGGACUACAGACGCUACAUGGCUCAGGAGUAUCUACACUCUCUCAGAAAUCCCCCAGACAUCACAGAUGCCCACUGCAGCCCAAGACCUCCAGCGGCUGUGCAUUCCGAGCGGGACCCCUUAAGAAGAGACACAGCCAUGCCGACCCAGGGUUGGAGGGGGCUGCACAGGGUGGGCCGCCGCUUAGUAGACAGCAGAAGGGUGGAGGAUCUGGAGCCUGAGGAUGAGCUGCCGCUCCCCAGAGAGAGAGCCAGGCCUGGGAGAGCAGACUUGGACUCUGAGGAGGACCCUACAGAGGAAGAGCGGGAGAUGACUGAGGAGAGAAGGCUCAGACAGACGGGGCUGGAGAUGGGAGAGGAGAGAAGGCUCAGACAGACGGGGCUGGAGAUGGGAGAGGAGAGAAGGUGUCAACGACACAAUAAAACUGACUUCAGGGACAUACCGAGGCACAGGAACAAGAGACCUGAACUGCAUGAUGACUACAUAGACAUGGAUCGUCACGCAGACAGGAAAGAGGCCAGCGGGUCGAUUAUUCAUGAUGUGGAUUAUCUGGAGGCGCACCUGGGGACAUCGUCUUUAACGCCCAAACCAAAGCUGCAAAUACCUGCAGAAAUCCACCCCAGUGGAAGAUUCUGGUCCUCCACCAAUAAGGACAAGCCUGAAUUUGCUACAGGACUCAUGAUUGGGGCGUCAGAUGCUGAGGCUGCCUCGCAGAGAAGGAAGGAGAGAUACAGACAGGAGUUGCUGGAGCAAAUAGCUGAACAGCAGAGGAAUAGGAAGAGGGAGAAGGAUUUGGAGCUUGGAGUUGCUGCAACGGGCGUGACCGACCCGGAGAAACGGGCCAAUCGGAUCAGACCGCUAGGGGGAUUACCUGGUGGGGACCACGCAAGAAAGGGAGACGGCUCCUACCGACCAGGCCAAGCUGUGGACCUAUCAGGGGAUGCGUUGCAGGGGAGAUCCAGCCAGGGGAACCAAGAGAGGCUUCCGCCUGAGAAACCCCGCAUGGCCUUCCAGUCCCCACUGUUGGAGUACAGCCACGCCCUGGGCCUCGGCAGCGGAGGCAUCUCCCCUUACAGCCAGGCCAAUUCCAGGAGCUCGCACAUCCCCAGGUUUCCAGGUGUUGUCCCCCAUCCACCAUCCACACUGGCAGAUGUGUACCGAACUCCCUAUGAGGAUGCUUAUGUUUACUAUGGUGUGCGGAAUCCCCUGGACCCUGGCCUGGCCUACUAUGGUCAGACCCCGCUGAUAGGAGGGAUACAGCCCAUGUCCUACCGGAGCCUACCCACGGCAGGGCUGCAUCCCAGUCAGAGUGGUCCUCACAGCCAGCACAGUGGGACCAGCCCUCCAGAACUACCUGCCAGUAGUGCGGUUACCAUAAGGUCAGGGAUUGGAGUAUUUCCUGCAGAGCAGGUCAAGCCAUCUAAAGAGAGUGCGGUGAGGUACAAGGAGGCACUACGACAACAGAUCCAUGAUCAACAAGAGCGGCGGAGGCUGGAGAGAGAGGAGAGAGACCGCUAUGAGGCCAGGCUGGAGGCGGACAUGAAAAACCAUGACCCCUGGGGGAGGGGGGGAGGGGGGGCGCCCCUCCGGGACAGUGGAGGCAACCUUAUCACUGAUCUACACCAGAUGCACAAACACAACGCAGAAGCCUACAUCAACCCUGAGACCUGGCAAAAGAGGGCGACAUCCACCAUGGACGUACUCAGGGAGGACACUAGACCUCCCUCCACCCACAGAGUCUCAGGUUUUGUCCAGGCACCUUCGUUUGCCAGAGGCAGUGUUUUUGGAAACCUACCCACACCGCAGCAGGUCAAUGAACAGGACAAAUACAAGGCCUACCUCAAACAACAGAUUGAAGAGAAGCGGAGAAAGGAGGCAGAGGAAAAAGAGCGUCAGCGUCUGGAGGAGGAGAGGGAGGAGAGGAGGCUGGCUGAGCAGAGGGAAAGCAUCCAGAGGGAGUAUGAAGAUGAACAGGAGAGGAAGAAACGCAAGGAGAUGGAGCAAAAAGCCAAGAAUGAGGAGCUGAUCCGUCUGGCUGAGGAGCGAAAGAAAGAGGUGGAGAGCAAGAAGAAAGAGGCAGAGGAGAAAGAGAACGCCGCCCUACGGAAACAGUAUGAGGAAGAGAGACAGGCACGCCUAGAGCAGGUACCAAGGGAGCCAUCUCCCCCCAUCCCAACCCUCCAGAAGAGGCGCCCUGCUCCCCAAUACACCCCCAGACCUCCGUCCACGGACAGCCAUCGUUCCACAGCCGCCCCCCUGACGGAGCGUUCUCUGUCAGGCCUCCAGUCCCCUCCAGUCCCUGCCCGCAGGAACCAACUGAGAGCUGCCGAGGACAGACGGGGUGUGAUCAGUGAACUGUCGGCUCUGCGCAGGCAGCUGCGUAUGGAGCAAAAACGUCUGGAGGGCCAGCUUCUGCAGUCUGAGUGGGAGCUGGACUCACCCGGCAGUGAGAGGGACAGGGAGCGGCCCCAGGUGGAUGUGUUCGACCUGGCCAGACUGCGGCUGCAGGCCCCCGUCAGGAGACCCUCCUCCAGGACCGCGGAGCCCAACCACCCACACAGGAUGCAUGACUCGCUACAUUUCAGACAAAGAGACAUGGACUCCAGAGAGGAUGGGUACUAUGAGUCCCCUAGGGAACGGGACAGGGAUGGCCAAGGUGUGGACAUCCACCCACAUGCUGCUAACAGGGAGCAGCAACAACACACAGUUAACAGCCUGAUGAGAACACCAGCCCACGAUCAUUUUGACCUGUCAUCACUCCAGCAACAGAACCAUUAUUUGAGGAAUGCAGAAGGAGAUCCAAUUAGAAGCUCCCUGUUGGACUCAGAGAGUGCCUUCAUUGAUCCCACAGGUGAAGUCUUCCCAGUUCCCCCCACACCUGAGAAUAAGCCCCAGCUGUCAGCCAGGGAACGGAGGAGACUUGCCAGGAGGACAGACCUGCAAAAUGAGCGUGGGAGCCCCAGAGAACCCAUUUGCCGGUCAGAGGCCAGUCUGAACGUCGAGCAGCACGAGCGAAAUCAAAACCACCUCAGGACCAGAAAGCUGAACCGCCACAGCCUCAGAACUGACCUGUCUGGAGAUGAAGACGAGCCUGCGCAGAUGUCCCCGAGCGCCACAGAGCCAUGGAUAAGACCAGGCACCUCGGAAAAGAUGAAACGCUUAAUGCCCGGUCAGACCCUUCGCAAGGAGAGGCUGGCCAGCAGAGAGACUGUGGUCCAGGACUGGGAAGGCCCCUCUACCUAUCAUGGCUAACCCAACACCUACCCCCCGCCCACCCCCCUGGGCAGUGUCGGUUAAAGCACUUUGGUCCCCUAAACACUCAGGCCACCGUAGGGGAGUGGGUUUGGACGUGAAAGUCAAACACCCCACCCCCACGCUUCUUUUUAUUUGUACACAGCUGAUUCAAUUUCAAUAUUACUUUGUUGGAAAGAGGGAGUUGCCAUCCCCUUUACCAAAUGGGACGAUUUUCAUUAGAAACUAAUUCUGGGUGGCAAAUUAGAAAGCAGCAUUAGUGGUAGCCCACAAUACACAAGCAAGGACCACAAAGGUAGUUAACACAUCUAGGACGUGAGGCAGAACAGACUGCUCAUCUUCAUGCACAGCCUGUCAUAAAUGAAGAGUUGAAUUAGGUGUUUAAGAAUGGCUACAUGCCAUCUAUGAUAUUUAAUUUUAAUUCAGUCCAUUGUAUAAUAAUGUAAAUGUUAUCAAAUAGCAUGUUUGAAAUAUUUUCAUAUGUUGCAUACGGGGUGGAAGUGUUUGGCCUCUUUUUCAACUUAACUGAAUAAAUUAUAUUUUAAAUAA